AUGAAUACCGGCCUAAGAAAAAGAAGCAAGGGAACAGUGAUUGUGGGUUGUGAAGCUGGAAAGGAGGUGAAAAAACUAAAAGAGACAGUUCAAGCUAAGCUGGGAGAAAAUUACAAAGUGAUGGAGUCGCCUCAAUCGAAACCAAAGAUAAAAAUUAUUAACAUAGGUUUAGAAGAGAUGAACUUAGAUGAUAGUGAACUUAUAAGUACGAUAAAGAUACAGAAUAAAAUAGAUACAAUAAAUAUGCGAAUUGUGAAGAGAAUAGUCAAAGAAAAGAGAAAUAGCCAAUCUGAAAGAAAAGGAAAUGAAGAAGGAUCAAUAAUAAUGGAAGCAGAUGAAGAGACGCACGGGCUGAUAUUGAAGAAAACAAAAUUAAAUGUAGAAUGGAAGAAAUGUCCUGUAUUUGAUCACAUCAACGUUAAAAGAUGCUUUAAAUACUGGGGAUAUUAUCAUAUCGCAAAAAACUGUACGCGAGAGGAAACAUGCCAUAAAUGCGCAGGAAGUCAUAACUCGCGUGAUUGUACAGCGACAAAGAAGAAAUGUGUGAAUUGUGUGUUCAAAAAUCGAACAUACAAUCUGAAGAUAAAUGACGACCAUGACGCCCUUAGUCCGGAGUGUCCGACUUUUAAGAGGGCGCUACAGGAGGAGAAGAGGAGAGCAGGCUAG